GCUUUGUAUUUUGACCCUGCCCGCGUACCGUCGCUCACCCAAACAGAAAAUGUCGUCGGCUGAGUCUCAGCCGCGGUUCGGCCAGUCAGUUAAAGGUUUAUUAUCCGACAAAGUGGGCUCCUGUAGCGGGGAUGUGAUCGCACUGACCCGUCAGGUGCUAAAGGGAUCCCGCAGUCAGGAGCUUCUUGGUCAAGCAGCAAGGAAUAUGGUCAUUCAGGAGGACGCCAUCCUGCACUCUGAGGAUAGUCUGAGAAAAAUGUCCAUCAUCACCACCCAUCUACAGUACCAGCAGGAGGCCAUCCAGAAGAAUGUGGAGCAUUCUAAAAACCUGCAGGACCAGCUGAGACACCUGCUGAAGUGACAGGGACACACCCCUGACCACAGGAGG